AUGCUUAAGCAACUUCAUCUUACUCUUACUUUCACCGAUGUGAAAGAACAAAUGCCAAACUAUGCUAAGUUCCUUACAGAAAUUUUGAGUGGAAAGAGGACACGUGAUAUGGCAGAAAUUGUUACCCUAACCGAGAAUUGUAGUGCAAUCCUAAUGAAUAAGAUGCCACCUAAGUUGAAGGAUCCCAGAAAUUUCUCUAUCCCUUGUGCUAUUAAUAAGAUUCAAAUUGAUAACGCCUUAUGUGACUUGGGAGCUAGUGUUAGCCUUAUGCCAUAUUCGACCUAUCAAAGACUAGAGCUAGGGGAACUUUUACCUUCGAAUAUUACAUUGCAAUUAGCCGAUAGGUUGAUCAAUAUCCCAAAGGGUAAGGUAGAAGAUGUUCCCUUGAGGGUGGGGAAAUUUGUCAUUCCGGUAGAUUUUGUAGUGUUGGAUAUGGAUGAAGAUGCUACUAUCCCUAUCAUCUUAGGUAGACCAUUCCUUGCUACAUCGGGGGCUAUGAUUGACGUCAAGAGUUCUAAGAUACCUCUUAAGAUAGGAGAGGAGGUAGUUGAGUUUGAUUUGAAUGAAGGUAUGAAAUAUCCCUCUUCUUCUUUUGAUAAUUGCAUGAGUGUUGAAGUUCUUGAUAAUAUUGUGCAAUCCAUGCAUGAGCACUUGCUCACAUAUAAUGAUCCUCUUGAGUGUGUUUUGUUGAACAAAGAGAAGAUAGCUAGGUGCUCCUAG